CCCCUUCCUCGGUGUUUGAAUAUGCUGCGUUUCAGCGGAGCUGGAGUCGAGUUGCGACGGAUGUUUUUCGACUCGUUGUCGGCCGCAGCGGGACGUGGUAGCUCCAUUUGCCGCUAACCCGCCUUACUCCGGCCUAUCGCUCCCGUUGCGGAUGAGCUCAUCCGGCUAGGAAGGCGCUCUCCACCGCAUGCUCGCCCAGAGGAGACCGCACCGACGAUAUGGACCUGCACAUACUGGACCACAGGCUACGGGUCACCAGCAUAGCCAAGAACGGGCUGGUGCAUUUCACACACCCCCUCAUUAAACUGAUUUUUCUCCGGAACAGAACGCGGUGCAAGUUCUUCAGCUUAACAGAGACACCAGAGAACUACACAGUGGUCCUUGAUGAGGAAGGAUUCAAAGAGCUGCCGCCCUCCGAGCACCUCCAGGUAGAGAGCUCCAUCUGGCUGCCGCUCAACGUGGUCUCCAACGGCAACGCCUCAAGCAGCUCUCAGGCCGUCGGCGUGACCAAGAUCGCCAAGUCGGUCAUCGCGCCGCUUGCCCAGCAGCACGUCUCUGUUUUCAUGCUGUCCACCUACCAGACGGACUUCAUCCUGGUGAGAGAGAACGAUCUGUCUGUAGUCGUCAGCUCCCUGGAGGAGGAGUUCAACAUAUACAAGGAGGUUGGAGGAGAGUCCGUCCCUUUGAACUGUCAGGAUGUUUCCAACGGCCUCCAGAAGAACGGCAAAGAAGCCAUCCAACCCACAGUUCACCCGGUGCUGAUCCCCAAGAACCAGUUCUGUGUGAUGUCUCUGGACCCAGACACACUGCCGUCCAUCGCCACCAUCCUCAUCGACGUCCUCUUCUACUCCAGCAGCCCCAAAGAAGAAACGCACUCGUCUUCCAGCCAGGACUGCAUCGAGUUCUUCUCCUUCUCCCUCAUUGAUGGCUACGUCUCUCUGGUGAUGGACACCGAGGCUCAGAGACGGUUUCCUGCUGAUCUCCUCUUUACCAGCUCCUCCGGGGAGCUGUGGAGGAUGGUCCGGAUCGGCGGUCAUCCGCUGGGCUUUGAUGAAUGUGGGAUAGUUGCCCAGAUAUCGCAGCCCCUCGCUGACAGCGACAUCUCUGCCUAUUACAUAAGCACCUUCAGCUUCGACCACGCCCUGGUCCCGGAGGAGGACAUAGGGAGCGUAACAGACAUGCUCCAGCAUCAGAGGACAGAGCCGGCCACCAGCUGAGACGUGUCCGGAGCCGGGCGCCCCAGGCUCAGUAUCGCCCGCCUCCCUCCAGCUCCACCGGUGCCUGGACUAGCAGUAUUAACUCCAAUGAACUCGCCAUCAACACGACCAAGUGUUUUUUUUUUUUUUUUUUUUUUUUUUUUUUGCUUCGCUGUGGUGCGCCUACAGAUUCUUGGUGAGUGGUUCCAAGCCAGGAUGCUCAGACCCUCAGGAGGCCACAUGCACAUCAAGCUGCACAGCUACUAGAAAAAGUUGUCCGAGCGACUUUCUAAUACAGGAAACCAGAACUCUGAUGCAAAACAAAACUGACAGUUGUGUUUUCAACACUGAGGCUGUUCCCAUUUCACUGCGGGAAGAAUAUACAGGUAGUUUUUCUAUAACAAUACUACUACAAAUGUUGUCAAGCAGCACAGUAGGCUUGGUCAGUGUUAUUUUAUUUUUAAUUUUUUAGACGUCAGCAUAUUUUAACCGAAGCAUUACUCAAGGUCAUAAACACUAGGUCUUCUCUCCUUUUUGUUAUUUGCACAGUAAACCUAGUUUAGUUAAUGUUUUCUUUGGUACACCUACUUUUGUACAAAGAAGUAAAAUGAAUACUGUAAACAUUUGUAAUAUUUGUGCUGCUUCAUUCAAUAAAGAGAACUGAAAGUACGGCA